AUGCAUUCCCGCGAGACUGGGAUGCGGCUCUGCGAGGUAGAUGCUCCCGGCGGGGUGGCGUGGAUGCGCUCGUGUGUCGGGUGCGGGCUCUGUGGCAUAGGUUGCGGUGCUGCUGUGGCGGCACGUUUGCGGUGGUGGGAUGGUAGCGGCGGUGUGGAGGUGGUGGCCUGGACGGUGUGGGGCGCAUGGUCGGCGGAGAGCGGCUUCGCGGCGGGUGGGAAGAGAGGGGAGGCUGAGUUAGACGGCAUGCUGGAUACUGCCAGUACCUUCACCCCCGCAGCCGCCGCCGCCCUCUGGAGUCCAUACCAAGCGCCACCAGCCUCCCAUCCCCCACGGGCAUCCCACCACCACCAGCAAGACAGCUACCAAAAGAAACAACGCGGAUUCGGGAAGGCGCUGUGGAAACAAUCCCGCACCAGAAGAAGCAGCCGCGGCGCACUACGGAAGUAA